AGGCUAGAUAAGAAAAAAAUAUUCCCACAACUCUUCAUAUGCUGGAGUCUCCCAGAAUGUCUAACUGCUCCUGAGGAAACACUGAAGUCUGAAAAAGAUUCAGAACAAAAUCUGAGACCAGUGACAAUGGACCUGCAGAAUUAUUCCUUGGUGUCAGAAUUUGUGUUGCAUGGACUCUGCACUUCACAACAUCUACAAAAAUUUUUCUUUGUAUUCUUCUCUGAGAUCUAUGUGGUCACUGUUCUGGGCAACCUUAUCGUUGUGGUCACUGUAAUAUCUGACCCCCGCCUACACUCCUCCCCUAUGUACUUCCUGUUGGGGAACCUCUCUUUCCUGGACAUAUGGCUGGCCUCAUUUGCCACUCCCAAGAUGAUCAGGGACUUCCUUAGUGAUCAAAAGCUCAUCUCCUUCGCAGGAUGUAUGGCUCAAAUCUUCUUCUUGCACUUUGUUGGUGGGGCUGAGAUGGUACUUCUUGUUACCAUGGCCUAUGACAGGUAUGUGGCUAUAUGCAAGCCUUUGCAUUACAUGGCAGUGAUGAGCCGGCAGACUUGCGUGGGGCUGGUGUUGGUUUCAUGGGUCAUUGGAUUUGUGCACUCCAUCAGUCAGGUAGCCUUUACUGUAAAUUUACCUUACUGUGGCCCCAAUGAGGUGGACAGCUUUUUCUGUGACCUUCCUCUUGUGAUCAAGCUUGCCUGCCUGGACACCUAUGUCUUGGGUAUACUUAUGAUCUCAGACAGUGGGUUGCUUUCCAUGAGCUGUUUUCUUCUCCUCCUGAUCUCCUACACUGUUAUUUUUAUCACUGUUCGACAGCGUGCAGCUGGUGGGGUCUCCAAAGCACUCUCAACUUGCUCUGCACAUAUUAUGGUAGUCACACUCUUCUUUGGGCCCUGCAUUUUCAUUUAUGUGUGGCCUUUUAGUAGGUUCUCUGUGGACAAGCUCCUUUCUGUGUUUUACACCAUUUUUACUCCACUCUUUAACCCUCUUAUCUACACACUGAGAAAUAAGGAGAUGAAAAUAUCCAUGAAGAAACUGAGAAACCGACAUGUGACUUUUCAUUGAAGUCCAGCUUUCCAAAAAGUUAUAUGUUAUUAUUCAUUCAGAAGAUACUCUCUUUAAUAUAAUUCUGAUCAAAUAUUUCAUUCUGACAUUAUAUUGGUAUAAUUUGUAUUGUGUAACAUUAUAGAGAAAUAGUUACUGAUUUCAACAAAAUAUAUACAUAAUUUUGUCUGUGAUAUUAUAUAUAUGCAUAUGUAAUUACUCAUACAAUAUAUGUUUACUCAGGGCUUCCCUAAUGGCUUAGAUAGUAAAGAAUCAGCCUACAAUGCAGGAGACACUUGUUCGAUCGCUGGCCUGGGAAGAGCCCAUGGAAAAGCCCAUGCAGUGGGAUGGCUACCCACUCCAGUACUCUUGCCUGGAAAAUACCGUGGACAGAGGAGCCUGGAAGGCUACAGUCCAUGGGUUCACAGAGAACUGGACAGAACUGAGCUACUAAGCAGGCCCACAUGCUUAUGUUUACUCAGUUCCACACAUCCUCCUUGGAAUGGAUGCCACAAAUUUUUUAAGCCAGAUUUCUCUUAACAGUUUGUCUAACAAAAUUGAUUAAAAAUGAGUUUUUAUUUCUUAAUCAUAGUCCAGUGAGGCUUCCCAGGUGGCACAGUGAAAAAGAAUCUUCCUUGAUCACUGGGUGGGAAAGAUCCCCUGGAGAAGGAAAUGGCAACCCGCUCAAGUAUUCUUGCCUGGGGAAAUCCCAUGGACAGAGGAGCCUAGUGGGCUACAGUCCAUGGUGCUGCAAAAAGUCAAACAUGACUGAACACACACACACACAUACACACAUACACAAUUAUAGUGCAACACAGAAAGGGCUCUCAGUUCAUAGAUAUUCAAGACAUGAGAUACUUGGCACAGGGAAAGUAGCUUGAGAGUAAAUAAUACCAUGUGAGUCUUUGUCCUAGCUUUGAAACCCUGAGAGGAAAAAAUACUUCACAAUUUCAGGAUCGUAUUGCUUUAAAAAGCAUAUUAUUUUUUUCUUUUGAAUGUGUAUUAUAUUUAAACUUUUUAUUUAAAAACUGAAUGCAUGUUGGUGGUAUUGAAUUAUAGAAGUCAAUUUUAACAUGGGAAAAUCAAUAUUUUAUGGCCACACAUUUCAUGGUAUAAACAUAAACUUACUAUAUGAUAUACACUGGACUAUUUAAUUAAUAAAUUUUCACCUAUGGUAGGUUUUUAAUAAACAUUGCAUCUUACUGAGUUGAUGCUGUCCCUUAAGGAGUCAUCUAUUAGGAAGCAUUUGUCAGAAUAACACAGAUUCAGAUAUUAUGCUGAAUUUUGAAUGUCUUUGGAUCCUGAAAGACCAUCAUAAGCAAGAACUAAGUUUGAUAUUCACUAAGUUAAUAUUUAGAGGAUUCAAGCAAUUUUCUCAUAAGUUGAUUCAGAAACAUCAAGCCAAAGGACAGAACUGGGAAAUGCAUGAAUUAUUUGAGUAACUGGAUGAAACUUCCAAUAAUUUUGGACACUGUUGUCAAUCAAGAGAAGCAUGCUGCUGGGUACUUCUGUUUUCCCUUCUGACUAUAAUUCUACACAU